GUUGUGAUGGUUUGUUGUUAUUUGUUGCUUGAAUGCUAAUUAGGUGGUUGACCUUUUUUGUGUACUAUAAAGUUCCAGUUUUGGAGUUAAUGAUAGAAUAGUUUGGCCUUUUCCUAGUCUCUGCUGCCUUGCAGAACCUUUGGGAAAAUGUCCAACUCCCUUCUACCUCAAAAUCAGUUCCUAUAUUCCAAAUCAAAAUCUUGAUAGUCUUGUACAAGUUAGCAACAUCCUAAGGCCAUGGACAUUAAACUAGAAGUCACAAGUGAUCAAGAAGAAGGUUCACCACCACCUAUUCAGCACAUAGGAGCUAGGGAUAAUAUCUCUUAUAUUGCUACACACUUUUCUAAAGAAAUAGAUAUCGAAGCUGGAACUGAUACAUCCACAGUUUAUAUCAAAAAUGAACGUGAUAAAAGCGCUGAUAUCAUAUUGCAGAAUAAAAUAAAACAUGAACCCAGCUAUUGUGAAGAAUCAAAUGAGAGAGAUGUCCCUUUACCUGCAAAAAUAUUUAAAACUGAGAAGACUGAAUCAGACAUAUGGGUUGAUGAAACAAAAUGUGCAAAUGGGUUGAGGGAAGAAUUAAAUAUAAAAUACGAUGAAAUACACACAAAAAUUAAUAUAAAAGAAGAAAUUGCUAGAGACUUUGAUGCAUUUGAGUUCGAAUUGGAUAGGAUGGAAAGUGAAAUAUUUUCACUAGACAGUUUCGAAAUUAAAAAAAUCAAAGAUGCAGGUAUGCUACAUACUGAAUUGUCUAUCAAAGAUGAGGCUGCUGAUAGGGAUAUAAGUGGCCAUAAUACACAGAUGAAAGAUGAAGCUACGAACAAUAUAGAAACAUCUCAAUGUAGAAGCUCCUUCAAAUGCCCCUACUGUGACGCAACUCUCAAACGAAGUGCCCAUCUUGACAACCAUAUAAUCAGAAAGCACCCCAACUUCACCGCAUCUGUCCGAAGGAAAAUUCUUGAAUGCACGAUGUGCAGUUACAAAACUGUCUUCAGUUGUAACUUCGACAGACAUAUGAUUAGUCAUUCAGAAACGACUGUGAGUCCUACAACCAUCGCAUGUGAAUACUGCAAAGCUGAAUUCAGAGCUAAAAUGUCACUAGAUGACCACAUAAUAAGGCAACAUCCAAAUUUUAUCGAUAUUGUUACCAGCAGACUACAUGAGUGUCCUAAGUGCAUUUUUAGAACUACUGUAAUAAGCAACUAUAAGAGACAUCUUUUAAAGCAUUCUGGGCUGAGAGUAAAGCCCAGAAAAUACAUGUAUCAUCAACGUUACAACACAUAUCACAUUCAAGGGAUCUAAAAAAUCUCCUGUACAAAAUUACUGUUAAUGGUGACGAGAAGUGCCAUUAACGUUACUCAAGAUCUACUUAGUUAUCUUGUCAUUAAGUUUUGACGUCUACUGCGAUGAACAGCUGAUCAGUAAGUGGCAUCUUUAUAUUAAGUCAAUUAGUCGUUACCAAUGAUGAAUGGGCACGGGCAUUACGUAUCUUGAGAAGUGACAUUAUGUCGAUUUGUUUUUGACAUAUUGGUUUUUCCUGACAUGUAGGUUUUUCAACACGAUGUUAACUUAGCACUAGCUGGUGGACACGUUGUGAACUCGUUUUGUAGUUGUAAGUGUUGCCUAAACGUCAUGAGGCUUGUUAUUAAUGUUUGGCUCUGAUGUGAUGUAAAAUCUGCUUCAGAUAUGGCAUUACUAGAGAUAACGGCAAUGCAUAGUUAGGAUUUAUGUGCUAAUAAUAUGGGUUGAUGAUAAUUCUACUGGAUUCUUGUCUCAAAUAUCCGUGUUUUAGAAUGUUUUAUAAAAUUAUAA